UGUCAAACAGCCAUGACAGCAAUCUGAUUCGAGUGCAGGUGUACGUGUACGUGUAGGCAGCUAUCUUUGGCACGUGUGGAUGUACAUGUAGGCCUACGACCGAUCCGGAAUAUCACUCAUUUCAGACAUGUCAUCACUUCCUGGUGGCUAAUGAACCACUCCAACUGAAGUGCAAGGGAAAUUCAUGGAUGAACUAUGACUUUUAGGUCAUGUUGCUUUCAGAUGGCUAAAAGAAAUCUACUUGGCAGGUACUGUAGAAAGCAUGACAUCCUUUAGUAGUCGUCCAGACAGUGGCAGGGCGACAAGUCUCAGUGUGGCUGGUGAAACCAUGCACACCAACACUCCACUUCACAAGACCAAUAAGUCCUACAAGUACCGUAAGGUGUCCAACAGUGGCUCAGCAGAGGAGACUCUGUUUACCUCCCAGCGCGAGCGCUACCUUCAGUCUCGGAACAGUCCAUUAAAUGCCCGACCCAGGUCGGUCGGAGGCAGUGAGUGGAUGGUGCAUGGGGAACGAAAUGAGAUGCCAAGCGAGCUGCCCAAACGAAGCCCUUCUGGGACCCCUCCAAUUAAGCCACCCCUAGUGAGCGCGAGUGGGGCACCGCGGACCCGCUCUCGGCUUUAUAAGUCCAGCCCCAGCUACAUAGACGAGUCACUCUUUGGCCCCAAGCUCCAGGAGCCUGAUUUCCCAGCCCCCUGGGAGAAACCUGAGGAUUUGCGGAGGGGGCCCCUGUUAACUUGGAGCCCGCCCGUUCCAGGGAGUCUGUGCUGCACCCCCAGGUCCACACCUCCCAGCAGGCCUCCCUCAGCUGCUGGGGUUGGGAGUCGACCAGGCUCUGCCACAGGUGACCGCCGGAAAGGUAGUCAGCCCCCAAUGCCCAAAAAACCUGUGUGGAAAUGAACAAUCCUUCAUUUGUAGCAGACUGUAACAGAACAGCUAUCAUGAGUGAUUGAACUGACAGAGGAGUUGGGAACAACUCUGUCCAUUCAAGAAUGAUGGGGCUUUAACCUGUAUUUAAAAAAAACAAGUGGUAGAAUCCGGGUUAAUCAGCAGCCCCGAGAAAUCUACUACGCUUGCAAGAGUUGACCGGACUCUUUGAACUACAUGUAACUGGUUGAGAGCAUUCAUUAUGUAGUAAGUACAUGUAUAUAAAAUAUGAAACAACAGUUCAAAAUUUCUGUUAAUGAGACCAAUAAUUCCUCAUAGGAACCCUAUGCACUGUGACUGUAGCUGAAGAAACUUGUCAAAAGGAGAUGGAGAGUGGCAAACAGUUACAGUGUUACAGGCAGUGUUGUAGUACUUGUACUCGAGUACUACUCGAGUACCGUUUUCAGAGUACUCGUACUCGUACUUGCACUCGGAUGUCCAAGUACUCGAACUACAGUUCUUGUACUCGGGCUACAAAAUACUCGGGACUCGACAUCCAAAAAUUGUACUUGAGCUUCAAAGUACUCCUACUCGAUUAACAGUACUCGAUAAAAAAAUCCUUUAGGUUAACUUACCAUGCACGGCUGUUAAAAUAAGGUACAAAAAUAUCGACUCCAAUGACCCGAUAUUCGAUACUGUUCUGACAAAGAGAAGGCCGAACGUAGGACCAUUAAUUCAUACGACCCAUUCGCCGUCUGUGCGCGUACUUAACCAAUCACGUACGCAAAUUAUAUUGUGGUACUCCAGAAUG